ACUUCCUGCAGGCCUUCCCUCUUUCUAUCCCUCCACACUCCUACAUUUUCAUCUUCCCCCACCCUCAUCUGUCCGCUUCCCUCCCUCCACCGCCAGCAAAUGGGCACUGACCCCGGACCCUUUCUCCGGGUUUACUGGAGCAGUCGGAUCUUUUACGGAGGACACAAGACAUACUUCUGCCGACUAGUUAAAUGGACAGCGAGGUGCAGCGGGAUGGCAGAAUUCUGGACCUCAUUGAUGAUGCAUGGCGAGAAGAUAAGCUACCGUAUGAAGAUGUGGAGAUCCCACUGAGUGAACUUCCAGAACCCGAGCAGGAUAAUGGCGGAACUACUGAAUCAAUCAAUGAACAAGACAUGAAAUGGAGUGACUUAGCUUUACAAAACUUGCAUGAAAAUACUCCAUCGGCAGGAAGCUAGCUACUGGCAGCAUUGGUACCAACAUAGCAACAGGCUUUAUUUAUAUAUUCUUUCCAAAGAGCAGGUGUCAACAUUUUCACAUGCUUAAAGUCCAUAUCAUUGAAAUUAAAUUGCAGACAUGGCAUAUCGAAGCAAGAAUUAUACAACUACAGUAAUAGUAUUUAUGGACAAUGAAAUGCUGAGCUGAUAGAAUAAUGGAACAGUGUAUAAUCAUUGAUUUUUUUUUAAUUCAUUAAAGAAAGUUUAUAUUCAUUAUAUAGAA